GUGGAUACCAGUCAACUGCCUCUUGCUCGAUCAAUGUUCCUGUCCGUAUUCGAUAGCUACGUACAAAAGAACUCAAAAAGCAUCCCCUAGGCAGUUUCCCCCCCAAGUUCCAAUUCUUGGCAAAUUUGCGCUUGCGUUACCACCCCGCCGUUAUUCCCAUAGGAAACCAAGAUCUCGUGGAGAUACAACUAGCUUGAUGGAGGAGCCCAACAAUACCGAUAGUUCUGUCCGCUUCCAGGAAGCCGCUACUCUUGAGAAUGGAGCAAACAACGUUUCCACCCCUGGAAGUGGACUAUCAGAUGACGACACAUCCGUUAUCGCCGUAGAUAUCAGCAUUACAGGCGAACGAACCGAACGCAGGUGUGCCAAAUCUGACGAGAAUAGCCCGGUGGACCCAGUCAAGUCAUUCUCCGACAGCUUACCACCUAUGGGAAGUUCGCAUUUGCGAAUUCUGAUAGUCAACAUGCCUUUACAAUUGAGUGAAUCCAUCAAGACGGAGCGCAAACGCGAAAACUGGUUCAUGAGAACGCCACCGCAGAUGCCGGAACGAAGAAAGAGGUUCAUUGGCAACAAAAAUCGUGCAUUCCAUAUAUGGCAUCUGACCAAUUUAUGGUCCCCCGAGAAUACCGAACCAUUCCUGGUUCAGACCAACGUACAGGCAUUCCGUCAAGAUCCUGAGAAUCAAGACCGAACCGGCUGCUCAGAAUUUAUGAGUCGUCAGAGAAUGAGAUUCGGCCAUGAUGAUGACGACCACCUAAAGUUCUUCGAAUAUGUCUCGUCCAUCCAUGUACAACACCAGUCUGACAACAAGUUACAAGUCACUUUGCGGUGUCCCGAGCUACCGGGCCUACCACCAGAAAGCAGGUGCCAGUCACUAAAGGAACAGUUCCGUAAACUCCUCCUUUCUUCGAAGUCCACCUCCUCAAUCCCAUUAUGCACCGCAGAAGCGUCAUCGAUGGCCGUGCUUAUCGACAUCAUACGGGCAGUCGUGGAGACUUUCGCAGCAUUUGUUUCUGGGAUAAUGGAGGAAUUCUCUACAAAGCUAGGGUGGGAGGAAGUGCCCCAAUUUCGGCUCCACAACUCUCCCCAUCUAAAGACUUUGGCAAAGAUUCCUCGGGACGCAAGAAAAGCUUUUCAACAUACAUACGACUUGCUUCUUGCUCAUAUACAGGAGCAUAUAGACGACCGGAAAGCAGCGGCGGAUGAAGAGGCUACUCAGUACCCCCCACAACGCGGCCAUCAACCAGAAAUUACAGAGGCCAGACUUAAUGCAGUGAAGUUAGACUUUGAAGCAAAAGUCGAAAUGCUUCAAAAUCAGGUCAACGAUUUUAUCGGUGGACUGGACGCACAAGCAACCGUCAGAGCGCAAUUGUACAACGAAGCCCAGGCCGAGAGCACUGCCCGACUCACGACUCUUGCUACAAUAUUUCUCCCCCUUAGCCUUGCCUCAAGUCUCCUCAGUAUGAGCACAAGAGUCAUCGAUCUUGGUGUACUAUGGUAUGACUACUUUGGAAUCAGCCUGUCCCUCUUUUCAAUAGUUUUCCUCCUCUACGUAUUGAUGAGUUGGUGGGAUAGAUACCCAAGCUCUUGGAAAGGGCAUUGGCAACCUCUUCGGUGGCCGAUUGUAUCAUUUCUAUGGGAAGGGUUACGGUUCCUCCAUCACUACAGGCCGCAGCUUUCAUUCAUAGCAGUACGUCGUUUUCUUGAUUGCAUGUUUGUUGCAAUGGCGUUAGCAUCUUUUUGGGUAGGGAUGGUCUACGACGUCCACCUUGGUUUGCUACUCCUUGGCUACGGUACGGCGUCUUUCCUUGCCACUUUACUCGUAUUACUUUUGACUCAACUGGUAUACUUCAUCUACUCACGGCCACAUGAAGUGCGGAUGGCUCUGACUUUCUUUUUAUGGAACGUUGUCUUGAAAAUUCUAUUGGAUGUCAUGAUUGUCAUCUUGUGGUUAGUACUAAGGAAGAAGUUUUCCAAACGCCAAAGAGGUUAAAAAAUAAGUUGACAGUUAGCGAGAAGUUUCGGUUAUAUAGUCCUGAGCUACUUUGCCUUAUCAUCUUAACUGGAAAAUGCUUCCUUAACUUGAGUAUCCAUCUAAGGCGACAGGCGCCUCCCGAAUUCCCUCUCCCACAUAGGUAGGUAAGGUACCUUGGCUGUACCAAGAACACUUCUUCAGAC